CACCGUUCUUAAUUCCAAUCCAAGGGCCAUCCUACCUGCUUGCUUUUACAAAAUCAAUUUGAAGAAAGCCCGUACUUUCUUCUUGAUUUACUGAAAUUUCGAGUUAAAACUUCAAAAUGUUUGUGUCGAGGCCAAUUGUUUCUCGCUUGUUUCAGCAAACAGCGCGGCGCUACCACGGCGAGUCGCACUUUAAGCCACCGUCCAUGGACGAGCUGCCGGUGCCGGCGGGGUCGUGGCAGGCGCAGUACGACGCCAACCAGCGCCGCUACAACGCCGCACUGCUCUUCGGGCUCGCCUUCACCGCGGGGACCCUCGUGGUUGCUAAAGCUUCAGGGCUCGUGUACCUCAACUACUCUCCCCCAAAGUCAUUGGACUAAACAAGUUGCAAGAAACUAGUUCAGAACGCAAAUCUGAACUGUAUUUAAUUCUAAGAAUAAUGUAUUUAGCUGUUAAAUAAAUUGUGAUCAAAUGUU